AUGGCAACAGCAGGUCACAUGGCAACAGCAGGUCACAUGGCAACAGCAGGUCACAUGGCAACAGCGGGUCACAUGGCAACAGCGGGUCACAUGGCAACAGCAUGUCACAUGGCAACAGCAGGUCACAUGGCAACAGCACAUCACAUGGCAACAGCAGGUCACAUGGCAACAGCAGGUCACAUGGCAACAGCGGGUCACAUGGCAACAGCGGGUCACAUGGCAACAGCAUGUCACAUGGCAACAGCAGGUCACAUGGCAACAGCAGGUCACGUGGCAACAGCGGGUCACAUGGCAACAGCAGGUCACGUGGCAACAGCGGGUCACAUGGCAACAGCAGGUCACAUGGCAACAGCAGGUCACAUGGCAACAGCAGGUCACAUGGCAACAGCAGGUCACAUGGCAACAGCAGGUCACAUGGCAACAGCGGGUCACAUGGCAACAGCAGGUCACAUGGCAACAGCGGGUCACAUGGCAACAGCGGGUCACAUGGCAACAGCGGGUCCAUGUCAUCGUAGAUCUGAGGAAUGGGAUGGCAGCAGUGAGGAGUUUUGGGUUUUACAUUCAUGGUCUACGGUUUAG